AUGUCUGCUACAAUGAAAGGCAUGAGCUAUUAUGAAGUCCUAGGCGUGCACUCGUCAGCUACCGAGUCGGAGAUCAAGAAGGCCAUGAAAUAUCACCCUGAUAAAAAUCCCGAUAAAACAGCUAGUGAGAAAUUCAAAGAAAUAAGUCACGCUUAUGAUAUUUUAACCGAUCCUGAGAAACGGCAUAUAUACGACAAUUAUGGUGAAGAUGGCUUGAAUGGAAGUAGCUCUGGUGGAAUGUCGGCAGAAGAAAUAUUUGCCAAUCUUUUCAAUAAUUUGGGAGGACAUGGCUUUGGACCAUUUGGCGGCCGAUCGAGGCAGCGACGAGGAGAAGAUAUCAUAAAGACGUUCGAUGUUACAUUGGAAGACUUGUACAACGGGAAAACGACGAAAUUUCUUUUACAAAAAGAUAUCGUUUGUCCGGGAUGUCAUGGCAAAGGAGGCAAAGUUGGAGCAAUGAGAAAGUGCACCGAGUGUGAUGGUCGUGGGUUCAAGAUUAUCAUGCGACGUGUUGGCCCUGGAAUAAUGCAACGGACACAAAUUGUCUGUCCUAAUUGUAAUGGAGAAGGCGAAGCUCUGAGGGAACGAGAUAAGUGCAAAAAAUGUAAAGGUACGAAAGUGGUCAAAGAAAAGAAAUACCUAGAUAUCUAUAUAGAUAAAGGUAUGCAAGAUGGCCAAAAGAUCGUUAUGCAAGGUGAAGCUGACCAAGAGCCUGGAGUAGAGACAGGAGAUGUUAUCUUUGUGCUCAAACAAAAGGAACACGAUAGAUUUAAGAGAGAAGGCGAUGAUUUGCUGAUCACUGUCACAAUCACACUCGCUGAGGCGCUAUGUGGCUUUUCUAAGGUUCUCAUCACGCAUCUCGACGGACGUGGACUAGUUAUAAGUCAACCGUCUGGGGAAGUAAUCACUCCAGGCAUAGUCAAACGUAUAGCAAACGAGGGCAUGCCCCAUUAUAAAAGGUCAGACGAACGAGGGAAUCUUUACGUCAAGUUUAAUGUAGAAUUUCCAACAUCCAUGUGGACGAGCCCAGACAAACUUCAGAUACUUGAGUCUGUGUUGCCACCACGAACACCAGAAGAUAUAUCUAGUCGUCCGGAGGUUGUUGAUGAUGUCGAAUUAAUUGACGGCGAUUUCGGCGAGUGGUAUGAUAUGUUGGGCUCAAAGAAUGGUUUCAAGAAACUCAAGUUCUCGAAUGAAUAUGACAAUGCAGCGUCCAAAGAGAAAAGGGCUUUGCUGAAUCAUAAGGAGAAUGAGGUUCUCAGAAAGACUGUGAAUAAGAUAUUGGUGGCCACACACACAAAGAAGAGACUGAAAAGCAUUUUGACUACGAAGUUGACUGAAUGCGGAUGGAAGAGAGACUUAAAGAAACGAAUCAAAGAAUCCAUAAAGGCUAAAGGAAUACAUAAUGCAACAGUUGAUCAACUUGAGAAUGACUGGCUACAAUAUGGUCGAAAAUCUGUACCUGAAAGCAUAAAAGUGGAUCUUUUGAGACGUAUAAAGGAGUUCAUUGAUAAUAAUGUAACUGUCGACAGUGAAGAAGCAGACAUUGGUGGAAUCGAUCCAUCGAAGGAACAACUUACAUGA